GCUGUGGGUAUGUGGGGGGAUCAUCAUCAACGGCAUUUCGCGUGCUACAGCGUGCCGGCAGCAGGUACAGCCGAGUAGCACACGGCACCACCCGGCUGCUCGCGCCAUCGCAGGAACGUUGGCUCGACGUGGAGCGGGAGCGCCGACCGCCACGCUGACCACGCGCAAGGUGGGCCAACGACCCCGCUACGCCUGGUCCGAGCCGUCCAUGGCCAGCCUGUCCGAGAAGCGGCUGCUGGUCGGCUUCGACGACCUGGGCAUCCCCGACUGGACGCAGGUCGAGUUCCUCACCUUCUCGCGGGAGAUCCGGCUGUGCUCGCUGUGCGGCGUCGUCUCGGCCACCACGGCCACCAUCGCCUGCCAGCAUGUCCUCUGCAGCUUCUGCUUCCGCGACCAGGGAGAGGGCCCGAGCAUCGUCUGCCCCAUUGACAAGGUGGAGACCCCUACCAGCAAGGCCAAGUUUGAACGGAACAACACGGAGCUGCUUCUGUCGCUUCGCGUGGCGUGCGUGAACCGCCGCAAUGGAUGCCGGCUCCUGGACACGUUGCGGGGCAUGAAGGAUCACCUCAAGCAGUGCGAGUUCCAGGCCGUCCAAUGCCAGAUGUGUGGCAAGAAGAUUAAGCUUCACGAGGUGCCCGGCCAUGCACGCAAGGACUGUUCACGCAUUCCAAAGUCUGACAACAGCAAGCGGGCCACCGCUAUGCCAGCCGCCCAGCUGGCAGGAGGCCCGAUGCGUGCAGCGGCACCAAAAUGCGCCGGCGAGCAGACGAUGAACAUGGGACCAAUGCAGGGCCCGCCAGUGAAGACUGUGCCAUCUCAGGUCAUGCAGCCUCAAACAAUGCCGGCACAAAUGGUCAUGCAACCGAUGGCGAUGACACCGCAGGCGAUGAUGACUCAGCAUCUCCAGGCGCCGCCUGUCGUCAUGCAACAAGCCCCGUGGCUUGAUGAAGUUGCCACGAUGCAGCAGAAGGUGAAUAAGGUGCAUGAAGACGUGCGCAAGAUGGCCACCAGGAUGCAGGCACUCAAGGACGAGACUGCCAGAGAGCUAGACAUCUUCAAGAAGGAGUUGCAGAAGAUGAAAAAUGAGAAAGGAGACUACAGCGUCAUAGUCAAUGGCAUUUCUGGCUUGCGCAGCCAGAUGAAGGACAACAUGGCAGAUGUGACUGAAGAAUUUGACGCCAUUAAGGAAGACAUGAGGGUUUAUGGAGCUAGUAUUGAAGACUUAGGAGCACUGAAGGAGACCAUGGACUUGAGGAUUGCAGAUGUUGUCAAGAAUGUGGAAUCACUAAAGGACAGUGUGGAGGCCUAUGCAAAACUGGGUACUAUGGUGGCUGAGAUGAAGAGCUCCAUUGCUGCCAUUCAGGACAUGAAGCAUGUGAUGGAGUUUGUCAACGACUUUGAACAGACCUUACUUGGAGACAUUACGGGAAGCUCUGGUGACAAGAAGAAAGCAUUUACUCAACAAGUUGAGAUGCUGAAAAAGUGCGUGGAAGUAAUUGAUGAACUAAAGUGCACUGUCAAGCACAAGGAUAUGGAGAAAGUUGUCACUGAACUGAGGACCAUCAAGGAUGAUCUGGGAAAGUACAGUACACUUCAUGACAGGGUUGAAGGAAUAUCAUCAGAUUUAACUGGAUUGAAGGCAGUAGUGAAGGAUGCUGGUGACUUUGCCAGGACCGAUUCUGCAAUAAUUCAGGAAUAUCGCGCCGAGCUUGAAGGGUACAGAGCAGAGAUCAAACUGAUACAAGAAAAAGUGCAUAAAAUUGAUAGUGACAUUGAUUACCUGAAGAGCACUUCAGACAACACAAAGGAUAAAGUUGGAUUUGAUGAAGUAGUCACUGAAGUGUCAAACAUAAAGACGAAACUUGAAGACUUUGAUGUCCUGGAGGAAUCACUCCAAGAAACAAAGGACGCAUUGCUGCGUAUUGAUGUUCUGUCGGAAGAGCUUAACAAAAUCCGUGAGAAGACUAAUAAACUUGAAGAAAGCGAAAUAGUGAGGAAGGACACAACCAAGAAACUGGAAGAAGCAACAACCCAGCUGUCUUCUCUGCAGACAGUAAAUGACAGUAUUCAGAGAUUGCAAACCAGCCUGCAGACACUAAACAAACGCUUUAUUAAGAAGACUGAAGAGCUGCAGACAAGCAUUGGAGCUACUGUGUCAGAAAAGCUCGAAGCUUCAGAUAAAUUCAAGGAACUGGCAGAAUUAAAAGCCUCUCUUGCUGAGAUAAAGAAGGAUGUCCAGCUGUUAAAUGACUCGAAAGACUCGUUGCCUGCCAAGAACACUGCUAAGCAAGAAGGCCUCACAGAUGUAGUCAGAGACUUGAAGAACCUCAAAGCCAGUAUGCAGACAAUGCAAGAAUCAUCUGCGUCAAUGCGUGAAAAGGCAAAGCGCUAUGAAGAACUGCGAAAGUCGGUUGAUGUCAUCAAAGAAAACAUGAAGGAUUAUGAGGAGUUCAAGACAGAUUUUGCCAGCUUAAGGAAGACUGUAGAAGAAAAACUGAAGAGCACUGAAAACUGAGCGUUCCACACAGCGUUCCAUUUAUGUGGUGCCCAUGUGCACAAUGACUCAAUUUUUGUGCACUGUAACUAUAAGUACAGGCUUAGCAUGAAGAAAAAUAAAGGCUUGCUCACAACAUACUAGA